AGGAGCACCAGAUGCAUGCAAGAAGAGACAUCAGAAACUACCUCCGCAUCCCUCAGCUUCUUAACAAUCUUCCCCACGUUCCUGACAGAUGCUGCUUCCCCUUUGAAUGCAGCAACUCCUGAAACUCUGAAAAUGUCCUCAGGAAAUGGUUCCGCUGGAGUGAAAAAUGCCAAGCCCUGCAAGAGGUAUAAAAGUGUGAAGCGCCAUGCCAGCAUCUUUGCCUAUCCAGAGCCACCCCACAGUAACUCAGAUGAAGAUAAUGGGGAUGAAAAAGUGGACAGCAAUGACCCGGAGCAGAUCUUCCAGAACAUACAGUUUCAAAAGGAGAUCAUGUACAAUAUCCGUUGCAGACCAUGGCCCAUGAGACAGAAACUGAGGGCGCUGAGACAAGCGAAAGAGAUUGUGCUCAAGUAUGAAGGUCGGUUGACUCGGACUAGAGGCUACCAGGCGGCUGGAGCAGAGCUAUGGCGAAAGUUUGUUCGGCUUGCAUAUAACUUUAUGGUCAUCUUUAUUCCUUGGGAAAUGAGGAUAAAGAAAAUAGAAAGUCACUUUGGAUCUGGAGUUGCUUCUUACUUCAUUUUCUUGAGGUGGUUAUUUGGGAUCAAUAUUGUCCUCACCAUCAUGACUGGAGCAUUUGUCAUUUUGCCAGAGAUCCUGGCUGGGAAGCCAUUUGGAAGCACUGACAGGAAGACCAUUCCUUUGGAUAAGGCUCCAUCUGCACAAGACCUGGAUACCAUCUGGUCUUUGGGGGGCUAUCUCCAGUAUUCAGUUUUAUUCUACGGGUACUAUGGCCAGGAAAGGAAGAUUGGAAGAGCAGGCUAUCGACUGCCCCUGGCAUAUUUCCUUGUCGGAAUGGCGGUGUUUGCUUACAGCUUCAUCAUCCUCUUAAAGAAAAUGGCCAAAAACUCAAGAAUGAGCUUAGCAAGUGCCUCUGAUGAAAAUUACACAUUUUGUUGGAGGGUGUUCUGUGCUUGGGACUAUCUGAUUGGGAACCCUGAGGCUGCAGAGAGCAAAUCGGCUGCUAUUGUUAACAGUAUCAGGGAAGCUAUACUGGAGGAGCAGGAAAAGAAGAAAAGCACGAACUUGGCAGUGACAAUAAGCUUACGGAUCAUUGCAAAUAUCCUUGUGCUUCUCUCACUUGCCGGAAGCAUUUACAUCAUUUACUUUGUAGUGGAUCGGUCCCAGAAAUUAGAGCGAACUAAAGCAGUACUCACCCUCUGGGAAAAGAAUGAGGUGAGCGUUGUUGUCUCAUUGAUUACAAUGCUUGCUCCCUCUGCCUUUGAACUGAUCGCAGCAUUGGAGAUGUACCAUCCACGAACCACUCUACGCUUUCAGCUUGCCAGAGUUCUCGUCUUAUAUCUUGGAAACCUCUACAGCCUGAUCAUUGCACUUCUGGAUAAAGUGGACAGCAUGAGCAUUGCUGACUCCAAGACUCACAGCAACGGCAGCAGUGCAGUGGGUGCCCCCUCCCCAUUAGCUGCUAAAACCCACUUGGAAGAAGAUCUUUUGACCACCUUUCCCAACAUGCAAGUUGUAAGGAACAGCACCUUCGUUCUGGCUGAGAAUCAAACACAGAAUUACAUCCUGCCUGUUAACCUGGUGAUCAACAAGACGGCUUCCUAUGACUAUAACACCCAGAGUCACCAAGAUCAGUGCUGGGAGACAUACGUUGGUCAAGAAAUGCUGAAGCUGUCAAUUAUCGACAUGCUAUUCACAGUGGCAAGCAUCCUGUUAAUUGACUUCUUCCGUGGACUCUUUGUCCGAUACUUAAGUGAUUGUUGGUGCUGGGACUUGGAAAGCAAGUUUCCAGAAUAUGGAGAAUUCAAAAUAGCAGAAAAUGUCUUACACUUAGUCUACAACCAAGGGAUGAUCUGGAUGGGGGCCUUCUUUUCCCCCUGCCUCCCAGCAUUCAAUGUCCUCAAGCUUAUUGGGCUCAUGUACCUGCGGAGCUGGGCAGUGUUAACUUGUAACGUUCCCCACCAGCAAGUCUUCAGAGCUUCAAGAUCUAAUAACUUCUACUUAGCCAUGCUGCUGUUCAUGCUGUUUUUGUGCAUGUUGCCCACCAUAUUCGCUAUUGCCAGAUACAAGCCGUCUCUCAGCUGUGGUCCGUUCAGUGGGCAAGAAAAAAUCUAUGACAUUGUGUCAAAAACUAUUCAAGAUGACUUUCCCAUCUGGUUCAAGAACGUGAUGACGUACAUGAGCAGCCCUGUUGUGGUCCUGCCUGCUUUGCUACUUCUGUUUAUGCUAAUUUAUUACCUUCAGAGUAUUGCAAGGUCCUUGAAAUUCACCAACAAUCAACUGAGGAUGCAGAUCCAGGCUGAAAGAACAGAAGACAAGAAAAAAGUGGUUCAAAUGGCAGCAGUCCAAAUCCAGAAUUUAGAAGGAAUCAGCAAAAGGCCAGAGCAGGAGAGCGACAUCAUCAGUCAGGAGUCUUCCGCUCGGUCCUCAACACCAAGGAAGAACGGCAGCGUGUUAACUUUUGAGUCCCCCAAGGGCAGCCAAAUACAGACAGUCUCCCAGUCUGUCCCCCAGCUUGAUGUGACCAAGCCAGUCAAUCCAUCCCCAGCAAAUGCUGCCCCACUGGCUCCACCUCCUGCAGCUCCAGCUCCUAUUAUACAGAAGCCCAGAACUGAGCCCAUUGCCAACAGAUACCCCAGUUCUGCCCAUGGGAGUGCAAGUGAACUCUGUAAAGCCAAGACUUACACCCCUGUGAAGUUCAAGAAGCAUGCGGAAGACGUUCAUUCGGAACCUCUGUUUCGAAAGAGCCUUCGUCAAGUCAAUCCAGAUGCCCCUCCUUUUGUGGGCCGCCGAGCUCACACAGCUCAGUAUUUUAUUGUCAACGAGCAUGAACCCCGCAAAAGACUCCUCCGCUCCGCCACGCGGCUGCCAAGGAAUUACCGAAUGGAUGACUCAGGGGAUGUUGUUGAGCUAUAUCCAAGAAAUGUCCGAAGGUAUCUGGUUCGAACACCACACCGGGUGUAUUCCCCUCACUUCAGUGAAGAGGAGGAAGAGGAGGAGUUAAGGAGAAGCAGGGUGCACAGGUCUCACCGCCCCCGCUCGCUGUCCGAUCUUCGAGCAGCACCCCGGUUCUACGUUGGGGAAUAUGCAGAUGGCCAGAUCCUCACCAGCAAGCCCAUGGCUAAAGUGCACUACAAGUCUUGGGAAGGUGGUUUCGGGUUGGCAUUUGACAGGCCCCCCCACACCCCGAGAAAGAUUCACAUGAAAAAUAUGGAGCCGAACCAACGCUACCCAGAACUCCACACCAAGACCUCCAAAUCCAAGCACAAGCCAGAACCAUCCCCAGCCGAGUCCGAUUCUGUUUCUGUUGGCUCUAGCAGUGACCAGCCAACCAGCAGCAAUGACCAGUAUAUUCAGGUCAUUCACAGAAAAGACAAAUACCUGAAAUCUGGAGCAAAUCUAACCCGGAAGAAAUCCAAGUCUGGCAUUGACCUCGAUGUGGCUGAAGCUAAUGAACUGAUCUGCUCCAAUGUCUAGGAAAGA